AUGUUGUCUAAUUCAAAUGAAAGCCUCAACAGAGUAACGAGAUCUAGACGAAAUACUUUUUCUUAUGGUGACAAUAGUGGAUCCCAACCAUCGCAAGGACAAGUAAUUGGUACCAGUUCUAACGAACUUGUUCCUUAUUCAAAAGAGUGGACUGUUAUCCUCUCAGAUCUCGGCUCAAACUCAACAACGAGAGAAUCUUCACCUUCAUCAUCGUCCUUUCCAACUUAUAAUUACAUUUCUACAACGGGAAUAUCGUCAUCAUCAGGUCAUGACGAUCCUUCAACACUCUCGCAAAGUUCGUUUAAUCAAGGAUAUUAUGAAAGGUUUUUUGUUGAAGAAAAAAAAUUGGGCAGAGGGUUUCGGGGAUCUGUCUACCUUUGCAAGCAUGUUUUGGAUAAUGUACCGCUCGGCGAAUAUGCUGUUAAGAAAGUGGCUGUAGGAGACAACCAUGCAUGGUUGGCUAGGAUGUUGAGAGAAGUUCAUUUACUGGAAAAAUUGCGCCAUCCAAAUAUCGUAGAAUACAAACACUCCUGGCUGGAAUAUCAUCAGCUAACAAACUUUGGACCGAAAGUGCCAUGCCUAUUCAUAUUGAUGGAACGCGCAAAUGGUGGAAAUUUAGAAGAAUACAUUGACAUGCAACCGCAAUUUUCUUUUCAGAAAGAAAUUGGAGAAAUGCUUUCACCGUUAGAACGAAAGCUUCGUGCUAGAAGGAUGCGAAAGGCGGAUCAUAAACACGAAGAGUCACCGCCUACCAGCACGCCGCCCGAGUCCACUAAACGUCUUUUAGGGGUACAUGAAAUUUAUUCCCUGUUUAUAAAUAUUUGCGAAGGAUUGGCUCAUCUUCAUCAGCAUGGGAUCAUACACCGAGAUUUAAAACCUUCGAAUUUGUUGUUACAAUAUAAUGAUCCGAAUCAUCGGGUUGGCAUGUUAGUUUAUGGAUUCUCCAUGUUUCAUUCAAGUCAGUGUGAAAUGUUGGACCAACUCACCGAUCGCGAUAGAACCGGUGCGACUGGAACUUUGGAGUUCAUGGCACCAGAAUUAUUAGCUGUGGACGACAGAGGAUCAUAUCUUAAAGAAUAUUCCCCUAAAUCGGAUAUGUGGUCACUAGGAAUGGUCCUUUAUUACUUAUGCUAUUCAAGGCUUCCGUAUCGUCAGGUUGAAGAUGUUGAUCUGCUAAAAUACGAAAUCUUGCAUUUUGAAAGUGUUCAAUUUUCUGAAUAUGGCGAGUCCGUUCGAGCUGCUUCAAGCGGUCACAGAGUUCCCCUUCUCCUUCGGAAUCUGAUUACGCGUCUAUUAUCACGUAAUCCAAGAAAUAGACCGUCUUGUGAAGAAAUUUUAGAAUCCAUUCGAGAGGUCAAAUUAACCUUCAAUGAAUCUGUUAAUGAAUCUUUAUUUACAGAUCAAUAUCAAUUUGAAAUGUCAUCUAUGACUGAUAAUGAACCACGGAUUUCAUCUUCUUUGAAUUCCCCCAGUUCAAGCGUGGAAAUGGGGUUCGAAUUUUCAAAACUGUCAGAAGAUACCUUUAACGGGCAUUCGAAAAUAACACGGUCAGCCUCAGAAUCUGAAGCACCAUAUUCAGAGUUGAUGGAUGAGGAUGAACAAUUGAAUGACGAUAAAUUACGCAGACGGAGGAUAAAAGAUGAGAUACAUGAAAUUUCGGGUGGUGAGACGUCACAAUCGAACACGUAUUUUAACGUUGAAAGAGAGAUUGUGGUCGGGCAGAGUUCCUCGGUUAUUAAG